UGUUGCUCGCUGGUGUCGUCUAGCUUGGUUGCUGCAAGAAGAUCGAUCAUGGGGUCCAAUUUCCUUCCCGAGGAGUCGUUCCAGAGCUGGAGCAGCUAUGUCCACGCCCUGUCGGAAACGCGGCCUCGAUUCAUGGACAGGCUGCGAGCUCGCUCCAGCGAUCAGGAAGAGCUGCUGGAAGUUAAGUCGCGGAGCAAGAACGAGAUGAUCAAGACGCUCAACUGGUGGGAUCUCAUGUGGUUUGGGAUUGGAGCGGUGAUUGGAGCUGGAGUGUUCGUGCUGACGGGACAGGAAGCUAAGGAGCACGCGGGGCCUGCGAUCAUUCUCUCGUACGCCGUUGCUGGACUCUCCGCCAUGCUCUCCGUCUUUUGCUACACGGAAUUCGCUGUGGAGAUCCCUGUCGCUGGUGGCUCAUUUGCGUACUUGCGAGUGGAGCUGGGCGACUUCGCGGCUUUCAUCGCGGCAGGAAACAUCAUCCUCGAGUACAUUAUCGGCAACGCGGCCGUGGCUCGCUCCUGGACGGGAUACUUCGCAGCUCUCCUCAACCACGACAGCUCAGACUUCCGGAUCUACGCACCAUCUCUGGCCAAGGACUACAACUAUUUGGAUCCAAUCGCAGUGGUGGUCCUCUGUAUCGCGGGAGCCAUCGCCUGCUACAGCACUCGUCAUGCCUCCACGCUCAACUGGAUCGCCUCCGUCGUCAACAUGCUCGUCAUCGCCUUCAUCAUCGUCGCCGGACUCACGCAGGCCGACACUUCCAACUACACCCCUUUCAUGCCUGGCGGCGUCCGGGGCCUCUUCAGUGCUGCGUCCGUCCUCUUCUUUGCCUACCUCGGCUUCGACGCCGUCUCCACCAUGGCCGAGGAGACGAAGAACCCCGGCCGGGACAUACCACUCGGCCUCCUCGCCUCCAUGACCAUGGCCACGGUGAUCUACUGCUUGAUGGCGCUGACGCUCAGCCUCAUGACCCCAAACGCUCUCAUCGACAAGGACGCUCCUUUCUCGGUGGCUUUCAAGCUCCACGGCAUGAACUGGGCUCAGUAUAUCGUCGCGCUGGGAGCUCUCAAGGGAAUGACCACCGUUCUCCUCGUUGGUGCUGUCGGACAGGCCCGAUACUUGACUCACAUUGCUCGGACACACAUGAUCCCGCCGUGGUUCGCCGUUGUCAACGGGAAAACUUCCACUCCAGUGAACGCCACCGCCGUCAUGGUUGCUGCCAGUGCCAUCGUCGCGUUCUUCUCCAGCCUCGGGAUCCUGGCCAACCUCUUGUCCAUCAGCACGCUGUUUAUCUUCAGCAUGGUGGCGAUGGCUCUGCUUGUCCGGAGAUACUACGUCGAGGGGGUGACGAGCACGCGUCAUGCGCUCGAGUUUGUCGGGUUCAUGGCGGUCAUACUCGCUUCCUCGAUUGCCAUCGCGAUUUACUGGGCCGUGAGCGACGGGUGGAUCGGCUACGUUGUUGCUGUUCCGGUUUGGUUCCUGGCUACCGCUGGCCUGGCCGUGUUUGUGCCGACUUCCAGAAAGCCAAAGGUGUGGGGGGUGCCGCUGGUGCCUUGGCUGCCAUCGCUGUCGAUUGCUACCAACAUUUUCCUGCUGGGAUCCAUGGACACGGCCUCGUUCGUGAGGUUUGCGGUGUGGACGGGACUCAUGCUCCUCUACUAUGUCUUCUUCGGCCUCCACGCAUCGUAUGACGUCUCCAAGGAAAAAACGAAGAGGGAUCCAAAGAUGGAAGAGCCUGUCAAGCACGCAAGCAAUGAUGUCGAGGCAGCUGCCACUGACGAGCACAGCAAAGCCGUUUUGCUCGAGAAUGGAACUGCAGAGCAACAGACAAACAACUAACAAACAUGCCUCGUGAUAAAAUAAAGUUGAAAGUGUAAGCUCGAAAGCGAGUUUAAUAUUGAGUUUUAGAACUAGAAUACAAAGGAUUCCCAUGAACUGUA